CUGCUGAAAUGUGAAUGACCACCUUUAACAUCAACAGAUUGUUAUGUUGUUACAUUGAAUACUCAUUUCACUCAGAAAUAUAGAAUUAGUCACAAUAGAUUAUAAACAGUGCAAUUUUCAUAUUGAUUUUAAUCGACCAACUAAACAGAGCUAACAGCAAAUACUGAAAUUUGCCUUAUAUCAAUAUCAUAGUCACGUUAAAUCACGCGAGCCAUUUACGCGACUAAAUUGAUCUAUUUGUUUAAUAAUUUUAGUCCUUGAAAAAAUACUGAAAAGGAUGUUGUAGGACAGUUUGUGACAGUGAGACUGGUAACAUGCAUUAGGGGAACUAUGUUAAGAAAAUGUAUUAUGGGAUGUCAGUUUCAUGAUAGGACCUCCAGAAAAACCUUAUGUGCAUUGAUUAUCACCACAUUGUCCGCGUUUAUAGUGAUGAUACGAACAUUCGGUGUGCUAACUGUGGCUCAAGAUGUAAAGUAUACUGUCGAUAUGGAUGCUUCGUCUCAUAAGGGUUAUAGAACUCUCAAAACAAUCCGUUCCAGUUUACUUUAUAAGUACGAAACUUAUUUCAGCAGCAAUUAUGCCAGCUCUUCAAAAGAUACAAACUUCACGGCAGUUAUUUUAUUGACAUAUAUGAGAAGUGGAUCUUCAUUUACUGGUGAGAUUCUUCAACAGAAUGACAAUGUGUUUUACGUGUUUGAGCCAUUAAGGAUGCUAAAUCAUCUUAUAAAGACUGGUAAACCGGUGCAGUGGAUGAACGGGACAAGCAGUACGGUAUCAACUUUAAAUAUAACGGAUGUAAAAAUGCAGACUUUAAUCGGAUGGUUGACAUGUAAUUUUUCAAUGGUUUACGCUCAAUCUUUCGACGACUGGUACUUUUUCACUUUUGGGAAGAAAACUAUUGUGUACAAAAACUGUAUCAUAAACAAGUUUGGUAUAAAGUUAAAGAAUGGUUUCCAUAAUUCAGCUAGCAAUAACACGAUCACACAUAUACGAAUACCUGCUUAUCGUCGAGGUUUAGAUGAAAAGUGCUUGCAAGAUCUUCAAAACGCAUGUUUGUCUUCGAAAGUUAGAAUAAUAAAAACAAUUCGAACGCCAAUGGAUCUAGCAGAUGGGAUUUUGACCAAGGUUAACAACGGCAAAAUCAUACAUUUGAUAAGAGACCCACGGGAAACUAUUAUCUCUCAAGCAAAAUACCGCAGUUGUCCUGGAGGUACAUCGUCAGUGGCAUCGUGUUCAAACUCGCAUUGUAGGAAAGUGUUGGAUGAUACAGAAAUUAAACAAAACUUAUUGACAGAGAAACCUGGGCGAGUUCAUACUGUACUUUAUGAGCAUAUUUCUUCAUACCCAAGUACAAUGACGAAACUAAUGUACAGCUUUGUAGGUAUGGAGUAUUCUGAAAAGAUCGAUAGCUACGUUACAAGUCUUGCACAAGAUGGAAAUGUUACUGGCUGCAAUAUAUGUGAGCAAUCAUGGCAAGCCAGAGAUCACUCUAACAAUUCUGCUACUCGGGGAAACUUUCUGACUAAAAUGAACCCGACUUUGAUGUUGUAUAUACAAAAUAUAUGUAGAAAUGUUAUACUGCAAUACGGCUAUAAAAUCUAUGAACCUAGUAUGUUACUACACAACACAUGACGUUUUGGGCAUUUAUAAUCGUACAUAUGAGCAUAUGGAUUUGUCAGAUAUACAGACAUAUGUUGUUCGGUGCAUUUUAAAAGUUGUUAUAUAAGUUUUACAUGUAUUUUUUUCAAGUCGAUUUAUACAUGUAUAAAAGAUGUUGUUUUAUGUUUCAAAUAUAUGUAAGUACGUUUAUAAAAUGUGUGUAUUUUGAAAUGUGUGCUUUUAAACAUAUAGUUUUACAAUUUCUCAGUUUUUUCUAUGCAUUUUGCAAGUUGACAAUAUCGUUUUUAAGUUGUCUUGUGCAUUUUGCAAGUAAGUUUUUUAUGUCCUUUUGUAAGGCACAGGACAGCAAAACGUAUAUAAAAAAACUGGAUUGCCCCAAAGGGGCCAGCAAAAGCAUCCGUUAAAUGAAACCAUUUGUUAGAUUUUUGAAGCAACCCGUCUGUAAUAUUUUUCCAUUACAGCUUCUUUUUUUUGUGGGCAUACUUUGCAAAUACGUGGCUCUGAGGCUGUGUUUUUGGUGCUCUGUGCUUCUGAGAAAUCUGCCCUUACCUUAUAUCUUUUUGAUUUUCUUCACGAUAAUUUCUAUCAAUACCCACUACCUUAGCCGAGAAAAAAAAACAGGCAUAAACAAGGUAUUUUUUAUCAAUUGUCGUUUCGAAUGUCUGUCAAGAUACUUAUAGUUGUAUUUCAGGUAAGGCAAGUGACAAACUGAAUAGCCACAAACGUGUUUAUACGUUCAGUUUCCUUCUUUUCACUUUAUAUGUCAUAUCAGUUCUGUUGUAUAUUCGUUUUAUUACCCAAACACGUUUCUUUUUACAAUGCAUCUUUUUGUGAAUAUACUGGGUGAUCCAUAAUACACGAUACCAUUUCGUCUGCUUUUAUAAAAUCUAUAAGCAUUUCGUCAUUAAAAAGGAUUAUUAUACAUAAUUACACCUUUUAAUUUAAAAUAUAUUACUUGUACGAGCCCCUAGUAAAUAUUUAUAAAAAAAUAUAUUUCAAUAUUGAAGAUACAGUUUUUUUGUAUACAAUAUUUUCGAAAAGUGUGGUUUUACGAAAUUGUUCUAAAAGACACAUUUUCACUUAUUUCACUCACCUGAUCGGUGCCUUCUAUUGACAUCUUUUUAUGGCAAAAUUUGAGACCAGAAAAAAAACACCCUAUAACAACAACUGGCAAAAAGACUAGCUUGAAAUGACAACAUGCAAAGCAUUACCACAAAAAAACCGUUGCUAAAGUAAGGGUACGGAUCGUAAUUUGUCAAAAUCAUUUUUAGAUUAUCCUAUUAAACAACUCCUUGCGAUACUGUUGCGAUACUGUUGAAUAUCUUAAAUAUUGAAAGUGAUAUUACAAAUUAAUAAAAUGUUUGUAGACAAAAAGGACAUAGGACAUUACAUUUGUGUAUCAGAUGCUAUGGAUCACAUCAAGAAUAUUCUUUUAUCGAAACAAUUUUUUUUUUGGUAAGCACCAACAAGUUAAGAUGAAGCAAGACCUUUAAAUGGACUAGCGCAUGUUCCAAGUUGCCCGUCUUCCAGAAACAAUGUUGUCUGAAUAAAAUUUCUUUUGUAUCCUAUAUCUGUAUGCUAUAUCCUGUGUCCUUUGAUAACAAUCUAUUCACGAUAAAAGCCAAACAUUAUUUCUUUAAACUAAUUUGAUGUCAGAAUGUCUGUAAACAAUGGAAAACUCCCUUUCAAAAUCGUCUUUGACGAUAAAUUCAAAACAUGUGGAGAUAUUUAUAAAAUUUUCAAAUUUCAUAUUAUUGCUCUCCGAGUUCUCUAGACUGAUUUUUUUUAUAUCAAUUGUCUUAUGAGGGGCCUCCAUGGUCUAGUGGAUAAGGUCGCUGACUGCAAAUCAAUGCCUCUCAUCGAUGUGGGUUCGGGCCUCCUUAGGGGCGUUGAAUUCUUCAUGUGAGGAAGCCAUUUAACUGGCUUACGGAAGGUUUGUCUUUGAUAGUGGAACUUGGGGUCUGCCUCAACCAUUAAAGCUGGAAAGUCGCUAUAUGACUUAUAAUUGUGUCGGUGCGACGUUAAACACAACGAAAACCCCAUCUCAUUUGUCUUACAUUUAAAGAGAAAUCAAGGAAAACCCUUUUUACAAACAAACAGUAGAUUUUGAAAUAUGAUUGGUUUAAUGGUUCAUGUAUGUAAAUAUAAAUUAAAAGCGCAAAAACAAAGCCAAUGAACUAAGUAUCAAAAUGGAGAAGAGCAGAACAUUACAUUAUGUGCUAAUUUUUGGAUUGUUUGUGGAAAAUUUAAUCGCAGCUUUUUAAGAAGCUAAUGGAAAGUUUUCUUGCGAGGAAAAGCUAUAGGAAAAGUUAUAGGAAAAAACUGAUUAGAACGGAGUCAAAGGUCGAGCAAUUUGAAAAAGACCUGCGACUGUUAGAA